AUGCCUCCUGUUUCGAUUCCCACCACCUCUGCUCUGUCCUCCGCGCACCGCAUCCCCUCAUCGCACCCCGCCGUCAUCAAAAUCCUCAGCCGAUUGUCGCGCCCUUCUCUCCUCUCGCUGGUCCUCGAUUGGCUUGAUGAGCGCAAUCAGGAGAACACUGCCCCAUACCUGGUUGAGAGACGCAGCGAGGAUGGCGAAGAAGACGAAGACGCUGGGGACCUCUAUCAACCCGCGUCGUCGCUUGAUGCCUUGCGGGAAACAUACGCCGACCUCCAGUCCCGGAAGGGAAGCAAACGAGAUGUGGUAGACCGACUGAUAGAAGGCGAUUGGCGCCAUGGGAUCAGCCUCUACCAGCUUGCUAUGGCAGAUAUGCAGUAUCUCUACGACCACCCCUCGUCGCAAAAAUGGUCCGCCUUGAAAAUUGUGCGUCUAACUUCCGAAGGACAAGAGGAAGAGGAAUCCCCCGCCGCGGAGCCAAGGACCAUCCCAAGAUUCCACCCUGCAACGUUUCUUCGGAAUCUGCAGAAAGAAAUCCUCCCGGAUGUCAAAGCACAUUACAACCUAGAUCGACAUGCCACACUCCCUCUCCUUUUACUUCGCAUCUUCCUCAUCGAAAGUCCCUAUAAUACUUCACUCGUAACUGCCUUUAACCAGCAAACCCUCUUCGACUCGAGUAAAACCUUCUACGUCGCCUUCCCAGACGAUUCGCCAUAUGUUUAUGUCUCUCUCCAGACUUCCCCUCCCCCGGCUGGUCAGCCCAGCUCGAGAUCUGACAACCGGAGCCUUCGGAACAUAACGCUGGGAGCCAUCCCAAAGGCAUUUUCGCGGCCCCGCGAACGAUAUACGCUUAAGCCAACAAGCUUCUCCACAAAGAAUCUCCAAGCAUUGGUUGAACGGCGCGGAGGCGGUCGGACAAAUGCUGCAGGUGGAGGAUGGGGCAUUUAUGCGGAGAAGAAAAAGGGUGGAGCGGAUAAUCCGUUGAAAAUCCAGCUUCCUACACCACAAACAUCAAGUCCAGAUCCCGAGGAUACCAAGGAAACAGAGGAUCACAUCCCAAGGGGCAUGAAACGGAGCAUGCACGAGGAUGAGAGAAGUGUGAAGAGGAGGAAACUGGUCGCCCAGGGCAGGUUCGGCAAAAGUGCGAAGGGAGAUGACGGGAAAGGGAUUGAGCGACUAGACAUUAGGUUCGAUGAGGUCUUUUCAGUCAGCAGCGCUGCGGGGGAUGUCGAAAAUGACUACCCAUUGGCCGAUGAGCUGGGAACGGAACCCACAAAACAAAAAGGGAAGAGGAGCACAAUCAAUCUCGAGCUAGAUAAGUCGAAGAGUGAUGAGAUAGAUGAGGAAGGAUUUCGGCCAGAUGUACGCGUUACUUUCCAUGGCCAGCAUGUUUUUGCUGGUAUCAGAGAAUUGAUUGAGGCGGGCGUGAUUGACGGUGAGAAGAUGCCCGGGUGGAUGACGGGCGAAGAGGGCGUGUCUGUCGGUAUUGUACGAGAUGGGAGAAUCCAAGGAAACAAGGGCAGUGGCUUAUAG